AUGUUCGGUCGACUCAAGCAGAAGGUCAAAGAGAAGACUGGCCGCGCCUCCAUCACGCCGUAGGUGUCCAGCUCUUUCUCCAGCCUCUUUUUCCGGUUCAGGAUGCCAGCAGACGUUCAAGAAAUCAUGGACGACUUUGCAAAAUGGGCGGAUCGAGACAAACAGGUGAUCAAGGCGUUUCAAGAAUCUACCGAGGUAGUGAUUAAGACUCAAUGAAAAAAAAGAAAAAAAAAUUCAGCUCUGGAAAAAGAACAAGAAGUCGGAUGUGAUCAGUGAGCUCAAAGAUCUACGCGGACUAGAAAGCUCGGUCAGUACUCGUAAACAUUUUACGUUCAAUUUUUCAACUUUUAUGUCCUAAAUUUGAGUCAGUAACAUAACUGUAGAUCGGAAAGUCUGCGGAUAACCUCGCGCAGCUGCUCUCGAGAAAGGCGGCUAACGAGGUUUUAGCUUCAGAAAAGGUUGAAAGAAUCGAGCGAGUAACCAAAGUUUCAAUUCUUUUGCAGAUGCGGACGGACCUCGACAACCGCUUGAAGGCUUUCAUCAGCGGGGAGCUGCACAACGUGCAACAGUCCAUAUCGGCCCUCAAGGCGCGUCGCCUUGACAGAGACGCCAGCGAGGCCGAGUUCUCUAAGUCUGACUUCUUCUGAAGACGAGAAGACAGUCAUUGGCUUCAGAAAUGAGUCGCAGGAGAAAAAGCAGAAGUUUGACAUCGCGCUGCGGGAAUUCGACAUCGCCUUGGAUCGCGUCCGCACCGCCGGCAGCCGACAAGAAGAGUUUGAGAAACUGCACAUCGACUACCUGAAAGACGCCCUCCGAGACUACCAGGCCGGCUUUAGUACCGAAGAAUAG